AUGGUUGAUUCCGGGUUGCAACCGGAUGAUGCGGUUUUCACGCGUCUGAUCAUGGAUUUUGGGAUUCAGAAGAAGCUUGAUACGGUUUAUGAACUACUCAAGGAGAUGCAAGAAAAGGGACAUCCUCCGAUGGGAAAACGUACAAACGGUGAUCACGCCACAAGAAUCUACAACAAGAUGAGCCACAAGAAUCUACAAGAAGAUGAGCCAGAACGGGGUCGAGCCAUCAAUGCACACGUUCAACAUGAUAAUGAAAUCUUACUUAAAGGGAUUUGCCGCCGUGUACAUCAACACAACAUGUACUAA